AUGAGCAACCAGAAAGAGAAGGCCAGAGAGAAUGCUGGCCCAGGUAUAGAUGAGGACAGAGAGAAGGCUGGCCCAGGUAUAGAUGAGGCCAGAGAGAAGGCUGGCCCCGGUAUAGAUGAGGACAGAGAGAAGGCUGGCCCCGGUAUAGAUGAGGACAGAGAGAAGGCUGGCCGAGGUAUAGAUGAGGACAGACAGAAGGCUGGCCCAGGUAUAGAUGAGGCCAGAGAGAAGGCUGGCCGAGGUAUAGAUGAGGACAGACAGAAGGCUGGCCCAGGUAUAGAUGAGGCCAGAGAGAAGGCUGGCCCAGGUAUAGAUGAGGACAGAGAGAAGGCUGGCCCAGGUAUAGAUGAGGACAGAGAGAAGGCUGGCCCAGGUAUAGAUGAGGACAGAGAGAAGGCUGGCCAAGGUGUAGAUGAGACCCAGAUAAUCAGCAAGAAUUAA